UCCUGCUUGGACAGAAUGACAGAAUGUGUCAGUGAUGCAGUUUGUAACAGGUACCUGGCACCGGUUCUUCAGGCGUGCACAGCAGAGCAGUGCGACAGCGACCGCUGUCAACAAGUGACUCAGCAGUUCUACAGCAGCAUGCCGUACAGCGUGGCAGAGAUGUUGGUGCUGUGUGAGUGUGCAGCUUCAGAUCAGAACUGUCUCACAAAACUUUUAAAGACUCUCAGAGAGAAAUGCUGGAGCUCUGAAGGAGCACAGUGCAGCGACAGCGACCUCGAAAAUAAUGAAUGUUUCAGCCGGAUGGAUCCAGCUUUAAUCCUUGGUGCAGAUCCAGAAUGUCAAAGAGCCUUUUUGGCCACCAUGGGCACCGUACUUCACUAUCCAUGUACAUGCAGAGGAAUGCACGGUGAUGAUCUGCUGACGUGCAACAUGAUUUAUGAGGUUUUUCACAACAGAUCACUCUUCAUCACAUCUUGGAAAAAAUCCACCUCCAAACCUCCCGGACUCAGCGACCCUGAGGAUGGUUACGUGUGGUCGAACGGUAAAUUUCAGUUCAAGUUCUGUUAA